GUACAGCUAGCUUGCAAUAGAAUUAGAUCAUUGAGUUAUACCAUUUGUUGUCUCUUGUAAAACACAUACACGGGUUUAUAAUAGUCGCGGAGUCAAGGGCACGAUGUGCACCAUGUAAUUAAAAUGGCGCAUUGUUACGACGAUUUAUUCGCAUUCCAAAUAUUUCCUCAGUGCGUUGAAUUGUGUUAACAUUUCCUGGUGAAAUAUAAUACAUCAAUAUUAGAAAACUAUUUUGGCUUUAUGCCUUUGUCAAUGCUGACUUUUAAGCCAAGUGUGUCUUGAGCACUUUUAUUUAUUAACUAAAUUAAUUUAUAAGAUUAUUUGUUUCCUUCUUUAAUAUACUAAUACAGUAGAUUAAAAAAUUCCACUUAUUUUUGUUUUACAUUCUCAAUGUUGGCAAUAAUAUUCGCCUUAUCAGUCUGCUCGAGAUAAAGAACACCUCUAACUAUCAAUUUGUUCAGUAUUUCAUAAGAACUGCUUCAGUGAUCAUUAUUCACAUUUAAUUCAAUCUUUUAUUCUUAUUUAACAAAAAAAAUACACAUUAUUGGUGUCAUUACAUACAUAAAAGACAAGAUGGCAUCCAGUGAUCCGGAGCUUAAGGAUGGAAUCACUCUACCUGUGUGGAUGAAAUCUAAACCAACAAAGGAGUUUGAGCCGUUUUCCACGUCCCCACCCGCGCCUGAAGACUCGUUCUUUUACAUCCGCUACCCGAAGCCGGACGAGCUGUUCGGCAAACCGAAGUUCGCCAAAGACUUCCAGAGCGGCCAGCAAUCGGAGCUGCCGUACAGCGUCAUCAAGGACAAUAAAGAUUGGUCGAAGCACACCAAACCCUGUCAAGACGUUUUGCACGGAAUCACGCCAAUAAAUACAGCAGUAAAAUCCAUCAAUCUAAAACCGAAACCAGCUGGCACCGACGAUGGAUUCAAGGGCGAAGGAGCGGCGUGCGGCAGUUCGGUCGUCAAGGUGGCAAGUCAGAUGAUAUCGUCCACCCGGUCGCCGCGUGGCUUCGCAGUGGCAACACCGUCCGAGGACUCGUUGGAGCCCCCGCCCAGGCCUCCGUUCGCCAGGCGCGGCAGCAAGAGUCUGCCCGCCACGCCCGCGCACUCGCCGCCCACCAGCCCUACGUCGCGUAGGAAGAUGAAUUACAAUCGGUAUUUCACGUCUCCGUUCGAACCUGUAGAGGACGCCAACAGUCGCUCGUGGCUGACAAUGGCGCUUCUAGGGUUCAAGAAGGACAUGAAUGCUUCCACUUCAACACUUGCUGAAGAAGAUGCUAUUGAAAACAGAUUGCAUGGUACUCUAGCAGAAUCUGUAGAAAAUCUAGGACCGGCACCUAAAGCUGAAGUGAAAGUGCUUUCCAACGAAUCCAAGAGCCCCCAGCCGAAGUCCUUCAAAGCCUCCACGUCAUCAAUCCUCCCCAAGCCUUCAGAACUACGAGAAAUGAACUUCUGGUCACCGACUUCAAUGUGAAGUAACUAAAAUAUAUCCCUAAUAUAGUUUGGUUUACAUAGUUUUCUCCAAGGAUCUACAUUUAGUUAGAUACCGCAUAAAGGUUCAUAAAAAAAAACAUGUGCGUCUCGGGACGCUUGAGAGAAGUGACAACUUAAACCUGCUGCCGUAUGCGUGAAAGAAAGGGAAACCAGACAGAGUGGCUCCGUAACGCGUUACGUUACGAAGCGUUUUACCCUCACAUAAGAAGUUUAUCACUUUAAUGCGGCCAAGUGUAUUAGCAGUAAAUUUUUGUUUUAGAAUUGAUAUUAACGUGCGCCUUUUUGUUUAUUUUAAUGACUCGUGACGUCAUCAUAGCAAACAAAAAUACUUGGCUGAAUUUCAUACUAUCGAAUGAACUAGCGGCGUCUAACUAAAUAUAAGGCAGUAGUUUGACCGUUAUGGUAUUACUUAAUAGAGUACAGAUUAGCAGAAUAAUGGCAAUAUGAGUAGUAUAAAGGUCACAGCUCAUUAGAGUCGUCCAGCAUCCAACCAUUACCGUCUCGUGACUCGUUACGUAGUGAGCGUAGAGUCCAUAAACAUUUAAAGACUCAAUAGCUCAAUAUCAACUGUAAAGGAAACGGAUUCAACACUGACGGGUUCUGGAUUCGAUAUCUUCCUUCUGGAUUAUUGUUUUAUUCUAAUAUAGGUAAUAUUUAAAAAGAUAUGGCAGAUAUUCCUAAAAAAAAAUACCAACCGCACGAUUCGCAUUAUGUCUGAAUUCUCUGCGUGUGUAAAGUCUGCCAAUCCGCAUUGGGCCAGCGUGGUGGACUAUUGGCCUAACCCCUCCCCUGAGAGGAGACUCGUACUCAGCAGUGAGCCGAAUAUGGGUUGAUAAUGAUGAUUUAUUAGCGGUGAUGGUUGAAUGCUGAGUGGUUAUAAUGAGCUGUGGUCUUAUGCUAUAUCAUUAUAAAGCUGUAAUAGUGUUUUAACUCUUAUUGCGUACUCAUGCUAGUUAGGUUGUAUGUGUUGUCAUGUCCUGAAUGUAAUGCGACUGAUUGUGUUUGUUAUAAAGGUCGCUAUCUUAUAUAGAACCGAAAUCAAAAUUAUUAUUAUUGUAGUAUAUAUAAGUCGGUAUUUGAAACGAGCAUACAUGAUAGACUCCGCGCUACGAAAGAAGUCCUGCGGCUAAAACCUUUUUUUUUUAUUCUUUAGGAGUUAGCCUUUGACUACAAUCUCACCUAAUGGUAAGUGAUGAUGCAGUCUAAGAUGGAAGCGGGCUAAAUUGUUAGGAGGAGGAUGAAAAUCACACCCCUUUCGGUUUCUACACGGCAUCGUACCGGAACGCUAAAUCGCUUGGCGGUAGGGUGGUAACUAGCCACGGCCGAAGUCUCCCAUCAGCCAAAAAACCUGACAGCGUCUAAACUAAAAAUGACAAUAAGACCUCCAUUACCAAAUAAGAACGAACGCCAUUAAGUCAUUAUAGCUUGGCAACUUCCCACUUCCGAUGUUCCGCGCGGGGCGGGGGGCGUGUAGCGAUGAAUGAAAAACCCACGACUGAAGCACGUCACCUCCCCGCACGCACGAUUUCACACCCGCGCAGUCUUUCCCCCUGUCGCCCGCAUAUCAUGGGAGUGUUAUCAACGAACUUGCCAGACUAGCGCCGCGUCUACGGGACUUGUUUCGUAGCGCGGAGUAUACUUAUAUCUUUGAUCUGGAUUUCACUUGCGGCGUAACUAUUCGAGUCCGUGGCAAAUUCAUUAUUAAGUCUCAGAAAAAAAUGUCAUUUAGUCAUUUUUUUUUAAUGUUAGAUUGAGUUGAACUCAAGGCUAGCAGGGUAAUUCACUAAUUUUGACGUUUGUUAGUUUGUUAUUUGUAAGUCUGAGCCCUAAGCCCGCACAUCUGUAUUGAAACAGUGUGGUGGGUAUAUGCUCUAUAUCCCCUCUCCUAUAAGGAGGAAAUCACUGUAGUGGGCCGUUAAAAUAGGCUGAUAAUCAUGAUUUAUUAAAUAGAUUAUUUGUGACGUCAUCCCAGAAUUUAAUAUCGCGCCAUGUUGACAGUGACUGAUGAAUAUCUUUCACGUGAUAUUACGAACGUUUAUUUAUAUUUUAUUUGCGAAUGUUAUUGUGACGUUUAUUUUACAAAUGUAAUGGUUUAGCCCUCUCUGUGUUGACGUAAGACAGCCGUGUCUAAUCGGCAAUGGCGUCCUUUUUUGACAAAAUGAUCAAAAAUUAUUAAUUUUUAUCUAAACAUAAACACCAACUCCUAACAGUUAUGCCAAAAUUGUUCACAAAGAACUUAAAUAAUGUGAAAAAUUAAUGAUAAAUAUCAAUCACAGUCAGUAUUUUCAAAAUUUAACUUAAAUCUUUUUUGUGACUUCUAUAUUCAUAUGCUCGUAUGUAACUAUGUAUAUUACAUGAGUCAAUAUGUCGAUAUAUCUUAAUACAUUACUAAUUUACAGAGAAUGGACGAUCAAUCUAAACAAAUUAUCUACCUGACAAAUAUAUCCUAUAAAUACUCCUUAUAAUGAUAGUCAUAGGAGCUUAAUUUACAUACACAUUAUGUAUUCACAAAAUAGUCGAUGACGAUCUAGUGAUUUUAAGCAAUAUUCCACUAAGGAUAAGGUUCACAAUUCAUUUAAGAUUGUAAAUCACCGUUCAUAUCAUAAAUUAUUUUUAAAGUACGAAAAUAUAAUUGUCAAACAUUAUUAUCACUUUGAUAUAAAUGACAGUAUAAGGUUAUUGCACACUGCAAUAUAACAGUAUGUAUCUAUCAAUAAUUAACAUUUGUAUAAGGUUGAAUGGAUCAUUUGUAUGAUGCUGUCUUGUAUGAAAACUUAUUAUUAAAAUAACUCCACUCGGGUUUUCGAAACUUUGUUAUCUUCGUAGAUUAUGUACUAUAUACCCUAUAAAUGUGGUUGUAGGGUAAUAACAUAGUAUUGAUCAAUUUGUUUCAAAUAAUAUUUUAGUGAUAUUAUAGAAAUACAAUGUGUUUGCGAAAGUAUUUGAAUGAAUUAUAUAUUUGUCUGAUUUGAAAUGCCGCCUUUUAACAUAACUUCAGAAUUAUCUUAAUGACAAAGAACUCAUCUAAUUUUGUUUUAAAUUAAAGGAUGGAAAGUAUUUGUAAUACUAUUAGAAAUUCAAAAAUUGUGAAUUUAUAUUAAAAAUUAUAUUAUCAUGAAAUUGCUCUAUUUUUGUAUGUGUUGAAGCUAUUUUCAUAUUGUACAUGUAGUUUUAAAAUUUCUCUAAAGUUACCUACGUAUGGUGUUAAGUUGCACACUGCAAUGAGCCCACAAGAGCUGUGGAUUACAAAAUAUUUCUUCCUAAUGGUCUUGCGGUAGUGUGCAAUCAACUUUUUUAUGUAAAGUGAAUUUUCGAUUUUAUUUAUUUAUUUAUAAUUUAUAAUGACUUAAUACUGCAUGUCAUAUAGAAUAUGGAUAAUUUUAUUUAAUGAUAUUAUGUAUUGUGAUACUUAUGUAUUGUUGAAUAUCACGAGCAGAUGUGAUUCCAUAAAUGGUAAUAGUCUAAUAGCAGUUUCUUCAAAAUCUGUAAAACUUAAAACUUUAGUAUUUUAAGUAAAUAAAAUAAAUUAAUCUCUCUCACCAAUAACAAA